GUUGUGGCUUGGUUAAUGUGGCUGGGUUUCAGUGACGCCCGUAACCCCUCAGCCCCUCUCUUCCCCAGCGAGUAGUUUCCUAGGCAGCGAAGAAAUCGCCAGGCAGUAAUCAAUUCACAAAACAAUUCUUUAUAUACGCUCCCUUAAAGCGUUAACUGUUCGAGUGUUGUUCUUGAACGACGUCACGAUACUCGAAGCUGAAAGGAAGCCAUAUAUCCCGCAAAGCCCAACCAAGAGUACCCCUCCAUACGACGCGAAUCGAAGUUCCACGCCGCCUCGAGCACUGACGACGCUUACCCAAAGUCCGAUUCGCAACUACUGGCAUAACUUCCAUCCCAGCGACCGAACACCAAUCUAGAUCCAACGUCCGGUGCGAGAAGCAUCCCCGGAUUACUCGCCAUGAAUGUCAUCAAGCUCCAGCGGAAGUUCCCGGAGUUCCAGCAAGAUGAGAUCUUUGGGCUCCAAGAUGCUUUCCGCAAGUUAGAUGAGGAUGACAAAGGUUACAUUGACGAGGGAACGGCGAUCAAAGCCACCCAACAGAGCGAGAGGCAGCCGUACGACGUCGUGAGGCAGGCCCUGAAGGAGGUCGAGCUUGACUCGUCGCGGAGAGUUGAGCUGGAAGAUUAUGUCGGCUUGGUUUCCAAAUUGCGCGAAUCGUCUCCGGCGCAAAAGCGAAUGUCAACGGGACCAUCGCGCCCAGCACCACCCUCAUCGCAGAAGCCUACUAUGGGGCAUGCGUCGAAGCCGAGCGCCAGCGGUCGUAUCCAGGUCCAGGGCUCGUCUGCAAACGUUACACACACCAUCAAUGAGGAUGAGCGAACCGAAUUCACCAGGCAUAUCAAUGCUGUCCUUGUUGGCGACCCGGACGUGGGACAUCUGCUACCCUUCCCUACGGACACAUUCGAGAUGUUUGAUAAAUGUAAGGAUGGAUUGGUGCUUGCCAAGUUGAUUAACGACAGUGUCCCCGAUACUAUCGAUGAGCGAGUACUCAACAGGUCAGGAAAGAAGAUCAAGACAUUGAAUGCGUUCCACAUGACGGAGAACAACAACAUUGUUAUCGAGUCGGCAAAGGGCAUUGGUUGUUCGGUUGUCAACAUUGGUAGCGGAGAUAUCAUUGAAGUCCGCGAGCAUCUGAUCCUGGGAUUGAUCUGGCAGGUUAUUCGGAGAGGUCUGCUUGGGAAAAUCGAUAUCAAGCUACACCCGGAAUUGUACAGACUACUUGAGGAAGAUGAGACCCUUGAGCAGUUCCUGCGCCUGGCCCCCGAGCAGAUUCUCUUGAGGUGGUUCAAUUACCACCUGAAGGCAGCCAACUGGCCAAGAAGGGUAACCAACUUUUCGACCGACAUUAAGGAUGGUGAGAACUACACUGUCCUCCUCAACCAGAUCGCACCAGAGACAUGCAGCCGCUCACCGCUCCAAACACGGGACCUGCUGCAGCGCGCAGAAGAAGUGCUGCAAAAUGCCGACAGAUUGGAGUGCCGCAAAUUCCUUAGCCCGACAUCUCUUGUUGCUGGAAACCCGAAGCUCAAUCUCGCAUUCGUCGCUAAUCUCUUUAACACUCACCCAGCAUUGGACCCCAUUACUGAGGAGGAGAAGCUGCAAGUCGACGAUUUCGAUGCGGAAGGAGAGCGCGAGGCAAGAGUUUUCACUCUCUGGCUUAACAGUCUGGAUGUCAACCCAUCUGUCAACUCCCUCUUCGAUGAUCUACGAGACGGCACUGUUCUCCUGCAGGCGUAUGACAAGGUUAUCAAGGGUUCCGUGAACUGGAAGCACGUGAACAACGCUCCAGCCUCUGGGGCCGAGAUCUCGCGAUUCAAGGCCGUGGAGAACACAAACUACGCAAUCGAGUUGGGUAAACAGAACAGGUUUUCGCUGGUCGGGAUCCAGGGCGCAGAUAUCACAGACGGACAAAAAACCCUUACACUCGGACUUGUGUGGCAACUGAUGCGGAAGGAUAUUUCCGAGACUCUGUCUGACCUGGCACAGCGCAUGGGCAAGCGUGAGAUCACUGACGCAGAGAUGGUCAAGUGGGCCAACGAUAUGUCUCGCAAGGGUGGAAAGAGCUCCGCCAUUCGUUCGUUCAAGGAUUCUUCCAUUGGCACUGGUACUUUCUUGCUUGAUGUUCUGAACGGGAUGAAGAGCAGCUACGUCGACUAUGAUUUGGUUACAUCUGGCCGCACCGAGGAUGAAGCGUACCUGAACGCCAAGCUGAGCAUCAGUAUCGCAAGAAAGCUUGGGGCUACCAUCUGGUUGGUUCCCGAGGAUAUUUGCCAGAUCCGCAGCAGAUUGGUUGUUACAUUCAUUGGUUCCUUGAUGGCAACGCACGACAAAAUGUAAAUUCUUACCACCAAGCAUAUUAUAGUCAAAUAUUUUAUGCUCUCGAGCCUACUUGCAAUAAACAG